GCUCAGUAUAUUCGUAAUGGCGACGAUUUAACUCGAAGUGACGCUCGAAGUAGGCUCGAAAGACAGCUCGACGCGGUGGAUUUGUAGAAGUUAACUCCAUUAUUUUGCAACAAACACAGAAUCAGGAAAUAGUUAUUAUCUGCGGAUUCAAAAUGCCAGUGACAUCUACGAACCUGAUCAUUGAAGAAGAAGAUCUCCCCUAUGAAGAGGAAAUAAUUCGCAGUCCUUAUUCUGUGAAAUUUUGGAUGAGAUAUAUAGAGCACAAGGCUAAAAAAGGCUCCAAUACAGCAUUGAAUCUACUCUAUGAACGUGCUCUCAAGGAACUACCUGGAAGUUACAAGAUUUGGUAUCUGUAUCUUAAAGAAAGAAGAAAGCAAGUGAGAGGAAGGCCGAUAACAGACCCUGCAUAUGAGGACAUUAACAAUGCUUUUGAAAGAUCUCUUGUCUUCAUGCACAAGAUGCCAAGGAUCUGGAUAGAUUAUUGUCAGUUUCUAGUGGACCAGUGUAAGGUGACGAGAUCACGGCGCACAUUUGACCGAGCAUUGAGAGCUCUGCCUAUCACUCAGCACCGACGUAUCUGGCCUAUUUAUCUUAAGUUUGUUCGUAAAUACCAUAUUCCUGAGACUGCUGUAAGAGUCUACAGAAGAUAUUUGAAGUUAGAGCCUGAAAACACGGAGGAUUAUAUUGAUUAUCUCAAGUCUGUAGGAUGGUUGGAUGAAGCAGCAACUCGUCUGGCUUUCAUUGUCAACAAGGAGAAAUUUGUAUCCAAGGAAGGGAAAUCAAAUCAUCAGCUUUGGCAAGAACUUUGUGACCUCAUUUCCAAGAAUCCUGAUAAGAUCAAGAGUCUAAAAGUUGCUGACAUUAUCCGAGGAGGUUUACGCCGAUUUUCUGACAGUUUAGGACAACUAUGGAAUUCACUUGCUGACUUUUUCAUAAGAAGUGGACACUUUGAAAAGGCAAGAGAUGUUUAUGAAGAAGCCAUUCAAACUGUUAUGACAGUGAGAGACUUUGGGCAGGUGUUUGAUGCUUAUGCACAAUUUGAGGAAAGCAUGAUUAGUGCUAAGAUGGAAACAACUUCAGAGAUGGGACCUAGUGAAGAAGAUGACAUUGAUUUAGAGCUCAGAAUGGCAAGAUUUGAACAUUUAAUGGACAGAAGACCUCUUCUGCUUAGCAGUGUCCUCCUACGUCAAAAUCCUCACAACGUCCAUGAAUGGCAUAAAAGAGUCAAACUCUAUGAAGGUAAACCCAAAGAAAUCAUCAACACGUACACAGAAGCUGUGCAGACAGUGGAUGCCAAGCUAGCAUCAGGCAAACCUCACACCUUGUGGGUGGAGUUUGCCAAGUUUUAUGAACAGCACGGUCAACUUGCCGAGGCACGGGUCAUAUUUGACAAAGCUACCAAAGUGAAUUACCGUAAAGUGGAUGACCUGGCUAGCGUGUGGUGUGAGUUUAGCGAGAUGGAGAUCAGACACGAAAACUACCAACAAGCUCUUGAUCUUAUGAGAAGAGCUACAGCCAUGCCGUCAACUAAAACAGACUACUAUGAUGAGAGUGAAACAGUUCAGAGACGUGUUUACAAGUCGUUGAAGCUUUGGUCCAUGUAUGCUGACUUGGAGGAGAGCCUGGGAACAUUCCAGUCCACGAAAGCUGUAUAUAAUCGGAUUCUUGAUCUGCGGAUUGCAACUCCUCAGAUUAUCAUUAACUUUGCUACGUUCUUGGAAGAACAUCGCUACUUUGAAGAAGCUUUUAAGGUUUAUGAGCGCGGAGUUGCGAUGUUCAAAUGGCCAAACGUGUUUGACAUCUGGAACACCUACCUCACAAAGUUUAUUCACAGAUAUGGUGGCGGCAAACUCGAGCGAACGAGAGAUCUUUUUGAACAAGUUCUCGAGGGCUGUCCGGCUAAAUUUGCUAAAUCUUUUUAUUUAAUGUAUGCCAAGCUUGAAGAGAAUCACGGUCUUGCCCGACACGCUAUGGCGAUAUACGAGAGGUCUACAAAAGCCGUAUUGCCUGAAGAGCAGUUUGAAAUGUUUAACCUGUACAUCAAACAAGCCGCGGAGAUUUUCGGUGUCACUCACACGCGUGAAAUCUACGAGAAAGCUAUUGAAGUGCUGCCAGACGAGCAAGCUAGAGAGAUGUGUAUAAGGUUUGCUGAUCUUGAGCGUAAACUGGGCGAGAUUGACCGAGCGAGAGCUGUGUACAUGCACGCUUCACAAAUGGCUGAUCCGCGGACCACUCCAACAUUCUGGAAAGAAUGGCAUGACUUUGAGGUUCGGCAUGGAAACGAGGAUACAUUCCGAGAAAUGUUGCGCAUCAAAAGAAGCGUACAGGCUCAGUUCAACACGCAGGUCAACUUUAUGUCCGCACAAAUGUUGGCAGCGGCUGCUAGCAAAUCCGCUGGAGCAGGAACUGAUGAGCCUGUCACUGAUGAUAUGCAGCGUCUUGAACAGCAGGCUCAAGCGGUGGCGACGAGCAAAGACGUGAGCGCUAAGUUAAAAGAGAAAGUCUUGUUUGUCAGGGGUGAAACUAGUCACGAAGACACUGAAGAUACAGAACAAGUGGCAAACCCAGAGGAGAUCGACAUUGAUGAAGAUGAAGAUGAGGAUGAUAAUGAACAGGAAGUUCAAGUUGAGCAACAAUCGGUUCCAAGCAAGGUUUUUGGCGGAUUAAAGCAAGAUGACGACUAACAUGAGGAUACACGCGGCAUUUGCCAAUUAAACGACAUGAAAUGUUUUUUUAGACGUUAAUCUUUUACUCAGUGUUCUGUCUUAUACCCGGCAUUUUUUAAGCAGGUGUAGCAGAUGAACAUCCAAUAAAGCACAGUCAAUCUGGAGACAAGA